GCGCGGGUCCUGACGCGGCCCAAGAUGGCGGCGGGCGGCGCUGCGCGGGGUCGGAGGCGCUCGGACACCCGCGGCCCCGCUCGCCCGGCCCGGCCACAGCACCGGCACCGGCACGGACACCGGGCCCACCGCUCCACGAAGGCAGCCCCGACAGCAGACCCCGCGGGGGAAACAGCCAACACGGCGAGCCCGCAGUGUUCGUCACCUGAAGCUGCUGAAGAACAACCUGCAAAGAAGAUGAAAUGUGAAAAAAGCAGUAUAAAAUCAGAGCUGGAAGGAGUCACAUGUGAAAGUAGAAACCUUGCUGCACUGGGGGAGACACCUAAAACAUCUGAAGGGGAUGGAGGUUCAGAAGAUCCAGGAGACAGCAGGGUAAUCCAACAGAAAAAAGAUGAAAGCAUUCCAGAGACUGAUGAARGGAAACAGGAAAAGGAGCAUGGCGUUUCUCUGGAGCCACACACAGUGAAAUCCAUCGGAACCCCGUUAAAACUGGGUGGAUAUCUGCACCUCCAUCACGUGUUCAGCGAAGAGGAGAGCAGCUGUGGGAGCUUUGACGGGGCUGCCUCGGAGAACGCCGAUCGCCCACGGAGGCCGAUGUUUCUGGAGUACAGCAGCGGCCUGUCGGAUGAGGACAGCAACCAGCCCAUGCCAGUGCACCGGUUCUUUGGAGAUGUUGAGGAUAUCCCGGCAGUUGUGCUCCCAAGCAUGACGAGGAGCAGGCGAGAAGCCAGAAAGCUCCACUUCAUUGCAAAAGAAGAUGAGGAGGAGGAAGAGGAGGAGGAGGAAGAGGAUGUUGUCUAACAACAAACUGUAAACAAAUGAAACCCUUUUUUCUUUGUGACCACGUGGUGAUGGCUCUGUCAGUAACAUAAGGUGUCUGUUUGCCUUUUCUCAGGGAGAGAACUGGGAGAGUUUGUUUUGGUGGAAUUGGCAGAUACAGUAUUCUGAUUCUGAUGCAGAUUCAGGUUAUCUGGGGCAAGUCAGUGAUUUGGAAAUAAAUUAUAAUUUAGCACUUUACCACCAAUAUUUAGGAAAAAAAACCCAGGGAAAACAGAAAUUCUUACUGUUUUUUUUGUAAAUUUUUCAGUUUGACUCCUUUUUUUUUUUCAAAACAGUCAAGAAGAGGAUGCUGGAACAAGGUUCUUUUUCUUUUAAUUCUGUCAUGUCUGUGGCAUCAGGGUAAUAUAGGACCAAACUGACUCCCUGGUACAAAGAAGGUCAAGGGUCUCAUUUGUGGGUUGUUUACACCUAACCCAGGACCAGUUAAACCUCUAAAAUACAGUUCUGCUGGCAAAAUGAAAUGCAGGAUGUCAGAGUGGGUUCAGUGUGCUCUUCUCUGACAGUUCAGCACGUUUUUAUUGCACGUCAGCUCCUCAAACACCCACCCCGUGGUGCUGCCUACUCCUUCCUUCUGCUGUUCUAAGUGUCAUCCUUCGUGGAUUUUCAACUGAUUUCCAACAGGGAUUUAGCAAACAAAUGCUUUGGUGGUGAUAAACAAGGAAUACCAUCCCUUGGAUUUGAUGGACAGAGGAAGAUUGCUAAGGCUGUGGGGCAGCCCACUAUGCAUGUUUAAAAAAUAAGGAGCAACCUCAGCCAAUUCCAGGAACUGUUAGUUCACUCAAUGUUUGUGGGAAUAUUUCUUUGAAAGUGUGAUUAUGCAAUAAGCUUCCAAAUAUUUAUUGUUAUAGCUCCUUCAGUGUUUCUAAAAAUAGAGAGAAUAUGUUAUCAGCAGAUGGUUUAAAUAAAUAUUAAAUUUCUACAGCUAGAGCCUGUUAAACAUUCAAAAGUUGUAAGGCAAACAAAUUGCAUAUGCAUGGCAUGGUAAUGCAUUCCCAUUUCCACUYCAGCUGAUGCAUUGUUUCUGUCAAAGAUAUUUCUUGGCUCCUUUUCACUCCAAUUCUGUAACACGGAAAAAUCCAGAUUUUUUAAUCGCAUAUUCAUGCUUCCAGCCCAGCUCUGUGUUGCAGCAGCUCCUCCCAGCAUUCCUUCAGUGCUGUGUUUGCUGCUGGCUGUUUCCAGCAAACAGAGYUUCACACACAGACAUUCAUUUCACUGUGCAAAAUGCAUUUUCAGUUUUGGGGGGGGGGAGGUCACAUGCCACACAGGUGACACUGGGUUUGUCACCAGAAUCCUGCCAGUGCUGCCCUCCCCAGUGUCAAACAGUGCAGGAGGGGAAGCUGGAAAAAUCGAUUCCAUGCAGUGGAAUUAGAAAUCCUGUGUUUAAAAUGGACCUCCUUACUUUUCAGAUUGCAAUGUUGGGGAUGGGAAUGAAUGUGUUGCUUAAAGUAAAUCAAUACACUCUCUAGCAAAGACCUACUGAGUUGGGUCACAGGCAGAAAUACCAUCUCCACACAAUUCCAUGUGGACUAACUGAUCCAGGACCAACAAUAUGGGGGAAAACAGAGCUUUUACCAGUUAUUUUCCCAGAGCAGUAAGUAGCUGGUGCUCCAUUCAUAAACACAUUUCUUUGCAGGCUCUAUCACACAUGAUUAAUAUCUUGUGCACUUCCACAUACUUACACACACACACAGAUGAGGGGCAUU